CGUUAAGCGUGGCAGUAGGCCGUCUGUUAGGAGUUGUCAAACAAUUUCGGCUUUGUUGUACUUGCACCGAACCACCUUAACCUGUAAUGUCUGACGAUAGAACAUUACGAUAUUCUUCAACACUGCUAUACGGAAAAUACACCAGCGAUCUUGGUGAUUUUGCUAGAACUCUCAAAAUCUCCGAACAAGGCCAACAAGAUGGCGAUCCACCAAGCGUACAACAUCUGAAAUUCCAAACAUUACAAAAAUUCUGGUACAAGAUCCUUACAACUUUAGGUGACCAAUGGAUGCUAAUGAUAAUUCUCGGCCUAACUAUUGCUGUUCUUUCGUUUGUCAUGGACUAUCUGGUGACAUUGCUGCAUAAUAGUCGAUUGCAGCUAUUCAACUCAUCGCCAAAAGUCUUAGCGUAUCUUAGCUGGAUAUCGCUACCAGUACUGCUGGUGACGUUCGCUUCCGUCGUUGUGCAACUGAUCUCUCCACACGCCAUCGGAUCGGGUUUCGCAGAAAUUCGCUGUAUUCUUCGUGGCACUACGCUCCACGGAUAUCUGGACUUCAGAACUCUAGCUGCUAAAGUGGUAGGCUUGGUGGCAGUGCUUGGUGCCGGAAUGCCACUAGGAAAGGAAGGUCCAUUUGUGCAUAUCGCAUGUAUUCUGUCGCAACUGUACACCGCAAGCUGUUGUAUGAAUAAGUCUUCGGUGGAGUGCAGAAGUCGUAGCUUGGACCUUCUGGCAGGUGCAGCUGCCGUUGGUGUUGGCGCGUGCUUUGCGUCUCCUGUCGGCGGAAUGCUACUCAGUAUAGAGGCUACUGCACCGUGCUUCGCAAUUCGGAACUAUUGGCGAGGAUUUCUGGGAGCUGCAAGCGGAACGUUGCUGUACCAGCUGUUGAUUGUUUGGAGUAGCGACAGAAAGACUAUAGAAGCCAUUUACGAAACCGACUUUCUGGAUGACGUCCCAUAUCGGCCUUUGGAGUUGAUCCUCUUCGGAUUGGUUGGCUUGUUCUGUGGCUUGCUUGGAGCCCUAUUCGUGUACAUUUUGAGAAUUUACAUCCAAAAGGUGAAAUCAUGUACCAUUCGGGAAUGCCUGUUGAAAACCCCUUUGCUGUAUCCGGUGUUCGUAUCACUUAUAAUCGCUACGCUUCAGUACCCACCUCAUAUGAGUCGAUUUACGGCUGGCAAUUUGGAUAAUGAUGAACACUUUGAACACCUAUUUUCGAACUUUUCUUGGACGAAACGUGAUCUUACUGUACAAGAAGCCACAAUGGUACACCAGUGGAAAGCACCUAUCGAAAGCUUGGCAAUUUUCUUCGUGUAUUUGUAUUUUUCCAGCAUUCUCGCGUCCACCCUCCCGGUUCCAUCGGGAAUGUUCAUUCCCCUAUUCAAAAUAGGAGCCGUCAUUGGUCGCCUCUCAGGAGAAGUUAUUCACAUCCUCUUCAACCAGAAACAUGCAAUCGCCUCAUAUCCCGGUGGCUACGCUGUGGUCGGAGCCGCAGCAUUCUCCGGAGCAGUUACCCAUACCGUAUCCACGUGUGUCAUCAUCCUGGAACUAACCGGUCAGCUUCGGUAUGUGCUGCCAAUAAUUGUGGCUGCCAUGAUUUCCAACAUCGUGGCACGAAAGCUACAUCCGUCCCUGUAUGACAUGCUUACCAGUGUUAAGGGGUUACAACCUCCUGCAACUCCAAAGACAGACUCACCGAGUGGAACAAAGGUAAAAGAUCUAAUGGAAAGCCCAGUCGAGUGCGUUUGGAGAGGUAUCGAGUUGCGAGAUUUGAUCAGAGCUCUGGAAGCGAAUUUACACCGUGAAGUGCUUCCGGUAGUUGAUGAUCCCGAGACCCGUCGACUACUGGGAAGCGUCCAGUGUUUGGAGGUUGAACGACUCAGUGACGAAAAUCAAGUGAAUGGUCGACUUCCACCCAUCGAAUCGAUUCGGAUACAGCUUUUAGAGGAUGAUCUAAUUUCUGAUGCGUAUCAGCUACUACAGUUGACAAAAGUAAACUUUGCCUUUGUUACGAACCAGUCACGACUGGUAGGCUUCGUGGGAAAGAAUAAGUUGAAGAAUGCUUUAGAAGAAUCACAAGAAAACAUAGCUCAAAAGACCAUACCGGAAAGUUUUUCGGAAGAUAAAUUCGAAGAACAGCUACUUGAGCAGGGUAAUUCACCUCAUAAAGAUUAUUUACAAAUGGAUGAUCGAUUGGAAACCGAGAACUACCGAGAAAAUGUACAAAACUUGUUCGAACAUCAAGCAGAGGACCACAAGGAAGCAUAUAAAACCAACCAUACUUCCAACGUAUUGUAUGAUAUAUUUGAGGUAUGACAACAUAAUGUUUUGAAUAAGCAAUA